CAGAUGGGCAUGCCACUCUGGUUGUUAGAUUCCCGAAUGUGAUAUUUACAGGUACUUCUGUCAGUUAUUAAAAACCAUGGCGAAACUAUUUAAUACAAUUUAGUCAUCUUGCGGUCACAGUCACGACGUCAGCAGACACCCAGAAAUAACUAAGGAUGACAGAAAGACGCCAGGUUCGCAUUGCAUUGUGGAUCACACCUCGUUCCUUAUCGACAGCAUUUCUAAAAUGCAUGUCCACUUUUGAAAACGCUGAACUCUUCCAAGAGCCAUACUUCACAGCAAAUAUGUUUGGUCCUGAAAGAGGCAAGAACAUUCCACAAUUGGAACCCUUAAUCGAGUGUCUAGAUGACGUCCAGCACGUCACAUUCGAGUGGGUUAAGAACACCUUAGAAAAAGAGUAUCCCGGUAGAGAUCUAGUAUUCAUGAAGGAUGGAGCAAGAGCAAUUUAUGGCCAUUUCGACAGUAUUCCGCAAGGAUACCAACAUGUUUUUCUCAUUCGAAAGCCAAGUAAAGUGCAUGUUUCAGUCGAUAAAAUAAAGGAUAGAGCACAGGGGUUUGGUGUUGACAAGAGCAGCUUCUCAACGAAAGACCCCACGUUUUUACAGGGAUCCCCUCAUCGUAACGUGCUUGAAUUACUGGAGUACGUCCGCGACGAGAUGGGUCAGAAACCAAUAGUAAUUGACGCAGACGACCUUAUGGUAUCACCAGAUAAAAUUAUGAAGGCAUUCUGUGAAGCUGUUGGUCUUGAGUACAAAGAGAGCAUGUUAAAAUGGAAUCCUGGUCCUGAUCCUCGUUGGCAGCGAGCAAAAAGUGUUCAGUCAUUGUUCGCAGCUUCCACAUCUGCGCAUGACAACGCGUACACUAGUACUGGCUUUCAAAUACGAGAUCAGAAUACGGAAACAGAAACGCCCUUAUCGGAGUUCAGCGAUGAAGUGAGGAAGAUGGUGGAAGAUUCCAUGCCGUACUAUGAAAAGCUGGCAGCAAUGGCGAUAAAGCUAGAUGAUAAUUAACGAAUCUCAACAAGAGAAAAGUUGUUAGUUAUUGCAAUUGAGUAAAAGCUUUAAAGAAUCUAUGUACCUAUAAAAACGAAAGAAAAACCACUAUAUGAUUACGACUUAUGAUAAUGAUAAUAAUAAUAUGGAUAAUGGAUUAUGAUGAUGAUGGUGUUGAUAAUGUUAUUGAUAAUGAUGACAAGGAUAAGGACAAGGAUAAUAAGAUAGUAAUUUGUAAUAUUUAUAGGUUUUUGAUUAUUAUGAUGAUGGUGGUGAUGAAUAUAUUGAUAAUACUGAAGGAUAAUUAAAAUAAAGAUAGUAAUAUAAUUUGUAAUAUUCAUAAUAUUAAUAAUAGUUAUAUUUAUAAUAAUAUGAAUGAAAAUAAAUAUGUAUCUAGUGUAGUAAAUACAUCAACUGUAUUAUCUUAUGUGUGUUGGGGGAGUUGUGUGUGUGUGUGUGGGUGCGCGCGCGUGUGUGUGUGUGAGGUGUCAUCACAAAAAGAGUCUUGUAGCACCAAACAUUAUUUAUGUAUUUAUAUAAACAGGGGAGUGGGGGGGGAUACGAAAGAGGAUCCAGGCAGGAUGGAACAGCUGGAGAAGGUGUCUGGUAUGUUGUACAAAGAGGGUCCCACCAAGAGUGAAAGUCAAGCUGUUAAGACCAUGCUAAAACUAGCAAUGUUGUAUGGGAUGGGGGAAAUGAUAUGACGGUAACAAAAAACAGGAACGGCUGAUGGAAGUGAUUGCAGAAAUGAAAAUGCUGAGGUUCUUCCUAGGCGUGACAUUAAAAGACAGACUCAGGAAUGAGACUAUACUUGGAAAGUUGAAGGU